AUGGGAAAGGACGGGAAUGAGAAGGAAACGGACAGGCCUGGCCGGACCCCCGGAGAGAACGAGGGGCAGCUCCAGCCUCCAGCCUCCAGCCAGCACCAAAGGCCCGUCGGACGGCGGUGGGCAGACACAGAGCAGAGCACCUAA